CCGAGGACUGCAGUAGUGAGUUCACGCCCCAGCAGGUGGCGCGCAUGCACUGCUACCUCGACCUCAAGUACCAGACAUGGCAGCAAGAGAAGCGACCGUCGCCCGUGCCGCUAGCGCCAUCUAUCGUCACGGCGACCAACACCUCCGUCACGCUGUCAUGGGUCCCUCCGCUAGGACGCGGGGCCAUGCAGCCGACAGCCAUGUGUGAUGACUGCAUAGCAGACGACAGACUCGUACAGUACGCGACUGCGGCGACGGCGCCCGGGUCACGUGACGACGGCAGCUUCUACUCCGCCACGCAGGCCGUAGGUCCGCCGGAUGCCGACGCGUGCGACGCCAGCGGCAGGGCGUGGGUCGCAUAUCCGCUCGACUGUGGCGCCACCGGAUGCACCAUCGAGCUGAGCUUCGACGUGCCGGUGGCGCCCUCUACGAUGACGCUGUGGGUCACGUGGUACGCGAAGGACGGCCUGCGCGACGUGGUGCUCGUCUACACGGACGGCAGCGAGCUGUCGCUGGGAGCGGUGCCAGUCUAUUGUGAUAUGCCUUAUACGGCGUCGUUCGACGGCAUACUGAAGAAAGUUACCAAGCUACGGUAA